CGGGUUAUCGAGCGGCAGGCAGCCGUGCUGGGGCUGCGAGAUAGGCUGGUCCGCCCGCGCCCUGCUGUCAGCUCGCGGAUGCGCUGCGGCGGGGGCUCGGCCAUAGGCAGCUGGUCCGGCAGCCGGAGGCGUAAUUGGGUGGCCGGGCAAGCAGAGGCGGCCGGGGAGUCCUUCCCCAGCUCCCCACAGCUGCAGGGAUGCGGUGUCCCUAGAGGCAACGCCCGAGCCCCAGACCAGUGUUAGUGCCCAGAGGGAUGUGGAGCCACAGAGGCAGUGGACCCUGUGACUGACACAACCCCUCCAGGCCGCAGCUGAAUGGAAAGACUGCAGAAGCAACCACUGACCUCCCCUGGGAGUGUCUGUUCCUCCCGCGGGUCCAGCAUCCCGGGAUCACCCUCCAGCAUAGUGGCCAAAAUGGACAAUGAGGUUCUGGGCUACAAGGACCUGGCUGCCAUCCCCAAGGACAAAGCAAUCCUGGACAUUGAGCGCCCCGACUUAAUGAUCUAUGAGCCCCAUUUCACCUACUCACUCAUGGAACACGUUGAGCUGCCCCGGAGCCGAGAGCGCUCCUUGUCUCCCAAAUCCAUCUCUCCUCCUCCAUCUCCAGAGGUCAUCAGGGAGUGGCUGGAGAGCAGGACCGUUGCCAGUGCCCCACAGCCCGCCUCUCGCCAGGGCAGCAGCUCAGCCCGCAGCAGCGUGCAGCACUUCCACCGGCCUGAAACAGACACAACAGAGCUCAACAUAUACAAGAAGCCUCCAAUUUACAGACAGAAAGAUCAUCAUCCCACUGCCCACCAUGGGAAGCAUCUCAUAGAAGACUUGAUCAUCGAAUCCUCCAAGUUCCCAGCGGCACAGCCCCCAGAUCCCAACCAGCCUGCCAAGAUUGAGACUGACUACUGGCCAUGUCCCCCAUCCCUGGCUGUCAUGGAGACAGAGUGGAGGCGGCGGAUGGCCUCCAAGAGAGGGGAAGAGGAGGAGGAGGAUCUGACGGAGGAGAUGAAGAACCUGCGGGAGCUCCAGAAGCAGGAGCUGAGCAAGGUCACUUCCAACCUCGGGAAGCUGAUCCUGAAGGAGGAGAUGGAGAAAUCUCUGCCCAUACGGAGAAAAACUCGCUCACUGCCAGAUCGGACACCCUUCCACACAUCUCUGCAUAUGGGGAGUUACAAGAGCUCCUCACUGCCCACCUCUGGCAGGAACACCCUCACCCGGCUGCAGUCAGCAGAAUUCAGCUCAGCAGGCAGUGAGAAGAGCAGUCCAGGUAAACGUCAGCCUAACGGCCAGCGUGGACGCAUGGACAGAGGCAAUUCACUACCCAGCAUGCUGGAACAAAAGAUCUACCCCUAUGAAAUGCUGAUGGUGACAAACCGAGGCCGUGUGAAGCUGCCGCCCGGUGUGGACAGGACCAGGCUGGAGCGGCACCUCUCCCCCGAGGAUUUCCUGCGGGUCUUCGAAAUGCCCCCCGAGGAGUUCAGCAAGCUGGCCCUCUGGAAGCGCAACGAGCUUAAGAAGAAAGCCUUCCUGUUCUGAGCCCCGAGCUCAGUCCGUGUCACACCAUGUUACCGCUUUAGGGCUCUCAGCCGGUUUUUACUAGGAUACCCCGACCCCCCAGUCCCCUCUGCUCUGCCCCCCACCUCCGGAAAAGGGCUCAGAGGGGGCUCAAACCUGCCUCUGGCUCGCAGCAGGGGGAUGGGGCUGGGGGCAGACCCUGCCCUGGAGCAGGCACGGUUCAGCCAAGAGAGGAGGUGGAGAGGGUGCCUCUAUGCUUUGUGCCCACCUCUCCCAGCGCCAGGCACACUGGCAGGGCCAGUGCCUGCCUUUUCUUUCUGCUGGCCAGGAGCAUGAUCAAUGUGGUGUGUGGGCAUUGGGGUGGCUUCACUCCUCCAUGGGGGUUGGCUACCUCCAGCCCCCCUCCAGUUCCCUUCUGCCCCUCCCGGGUGCCCCUCUGCUCCCUGGGGUACCCCUCUGUUCCCCACGCCUUCACCUCAAAAACUGGGAAGAGACAACUCACUGCCAGACUGUUGUGCUCCCUGCAAAGCCAGGCUGGUAUCCCACCUUGCCCUCCUUCAGCACCUCUUUGAACAUCCUCCUCCCCGGUCCCUCCUGUGCCAGCUGCCGCAGUGAGGACCGCAAUGACAUGUACACUGCCAAAACCUGCCUGGCACACCGGGCUGGCAGAGGGCAGGACUGGGAUGGGGUGGGAGAGGAGGUUGUCCCAGAAAUGCUCCUACUGCAUUUCCAACUGCAGAUGCACCUGCCGUGGGAGGAUGCAGCAGGGCAAUGGGGCAAUGCAGCCGGGCAGAAGGGAGCAGGGCACAGCUUUGAUGGGCACCAGGGCCUGGGCAGUGCUGCCUGGCCCCCUCACAGCAGCACCUUCCCUUCUCACACCUCUCCCAUCUCCUCUUUGGGCACACGUUUUGGGCAGGACCCCUCUGCCCCUGCACCCCCUGGCCUCCCACGCUCCCUGGUUUCUGUUUCCAGCCACUUUCCAGCCGCUAGACCUCGUUGGGAUGUAAAGAAUGUAAUUUAUCGGGAAACCACUGGCCCAUACUUGCCUUUCACUGCUACUCUACAAACAACAUAUCUAUAAAUAUAUAUAUAUAAAUAUGGGUUGUUUUCUGACUGGACUACAAUGAUUCACUUUCUCUGUUUUGUUAGAAUUUAUUUGAUUUGCUGAUGCCAGAGAAUCUGCGUGAGAGUGACUUUUUGCUUACAAUUAAAGGUGAAAUGGCUUUA